AUGACGGCGACAGCGACGGUGGCGGCGUCCUGGUGCCCCACCCUGGAGCUCCUGGCGCGGGUGCUACAGCGCGCCCCAGGGCUUCAGGAGCUGGCUUUGCUGCGAGUGACGGUGCUGCCGCCACCACCGCCGUUGCGGCGGCGUCCUUUCCGUGUCACGGCACCGCGGCCUCAUCCCGAGGCGGCGGCGGCGGCGGCGGCGGCGGCGCGAGCGGUGAGCGAUGCAGGCGGUGAUGCAGGCGGUGAUGGGUUGCCUGGGGCUACCGGCUGGUGCUCGGUAUUCUGGGCCCUACCCACGGGCUUGACAUCGCUGCGCCUGGGGCUGCUGCAGAGCGGCGGUGACGACCGACCCACGGGUCACGACUUCGAUAUCGGCGGCGCGCUCAGUACAAUGGAACCCCGUGGAGAGGCAGCCGAUGUGCCGAAAUGGCAGCACCGUGCAUGUGGCAGUGGUAACAACGACGGCGGUGAAUGCGGCAAUGGUUGCGGCGGCGGCGGCGGGGUCGUUGACCAGCUGUGCGCCGCCUGCCUGGGCGCCGCGCUGCGCCGCCUGCCCCGCCUUUCCUCCCUGGAGCUCAGUGGCGUGUCGGCCCCUGGCGCGUUGAGGGCAUUGCAGCUAGCAACUGCAAGGGCGACAGCGGCGGUCGAGUCAUCAUCCCGAAGGGGAGGAGGAGGAGGAGGAGAUGCGGGGGCCAGCACCGCCGCUGUACAGCAGCACCAGCAGCAGCAACCGCCGCCAGCCUCCCUGGCGGCAUUGGAGCGCCUUGUGCUAGAUUUGGAGGGCCUUAUGGAUCUUGGGUCGCUGAAGGCGGUGGUGGUGGGCGGGCGUGGACUGCCCCGGCUGCGACACUUGAUCGUAGCGGAGCAGCGCGCCAUCGUCCCCUCGUGGCCGUCCACCGGCCUCUGUCGGCAUCGUGUUGGGCCCGACGACACGUACAUCGACAGCCACGGCGGCGGCGACGGCGGUGACAAGGUUGUUACGGAAGAGCAGUUUGAGGAAGAGCCAUUUUCACCGCUGGAUUCCGUACUGUGGAUGCUGAGGCAGCCGCAGCUGCGGAGGCUGUCGUUUACCUCAGACCGUGCCUUUACUACCUUGCAGCGGCCGCCGCCGCCGCCUCCUCACCCGUCGCCUCACCCGUCGUCGUCGUCGUCAACAGUGGGUUCGGAUGGCGAUGGCGGUAGAGGCGGUGGCAGCAACAGAGGUGACGGGGAGGCUGGGCCCUACAGCGGGCGUGGUUGGGACGAGCAAG